AUGAAGAAAGCAGUUUAGAAAGUCUAACUACUUAAGAACAUGACUAAAAUAUUUGCAGAAGGCAAUUAUUAGGUCACUGUUAAAAACAUUUUAAAUGCAUUAUCUAAUUAAUGUGAAUCAGAUAUGUAAUAUCUAGAAAAAUAGAUGCUAAAAAUAUUUCCAAUUUGUUCUAAAAUUUAAAGAUACUUAAGAAGCACAGAUAAAUUUAGAAUGUUCAUCAAAUAGUUUUAAGUUGAACUUCAUUCUGAAAAGGAUGUAAUUUUCAAAAUGGGGGAAGUUGGAAGGAAAAUGUAUUUUAUAUUGGAUGGCAAUCUGAAUAUAUUUCCUUAUGAAAUUAAUGAAAUUAGUAUGACAAUUUUAUAUUAUUGAGAAUAAGUAACCUGCAGCUGUAUUAGUUCCUGGAGAUUAUUUUGGAGAAGUUAGUUUACAUCAUAGACUUCCUAGAACAGCUACAGUUAUAUGUGCAUGUAAUUCUGUGCUUCUAGUUAUCAGUUAUGAAGCUUAUUACAAUUUCUUGUAACCUGUUAUUGAUCAUCUAAUUGCAGUUCAAUAUUAUUAAUUAAAGCCAACAGCACUUUUCUAUGGUUGGAAUGAAUUAGCAUUAGCUUUAAUUAUACAUCAUUUGAAAUUAAUUACAAUUCUAAGAAAUCAAUAUGUGUAUAAAGAAGGAUAAAAUGAUAAAUCAUUCUAUGUAGUUAAGAGUGGGGAAAUAUUAAUAUAAUAAAAGAUAAAAGUAAAAGGGAAAUUUUAAGAUCAUGGUCUAGUGAGUUUAGGGAUUGGACAAUGUUUUGGUGAUUAUGAAUUUAUAGAUAAUCAAUCAUGGUACUUAAAUAGGAAUCAGUUAGAUAAUAUUAGUAGAAGUACUGAUGCUGUAUCUACUACAGUAAGUGAAGUUUAUAGAGUUCCAUUAUUUUAAUAUUUAUAAAUUGCAGAAAAUUAUCAUUCGGUUUUAUUGAAAAAAUAUUUAAGAUAAAAUAAACUCAUAUUAAAAGAAAGAAUUGAAAAAUUGUAAGAAUAAGUAAGAAAAAUUGAAAAUUCAGAAGAAUAUGACAAUCCAGAAACUGUUUUUGUUCCAGAAAUUAAACCAAAAUCUUAUAAUCCAUAUUAAAAUUUAUUGAAAACUAUUAGAAAUAGAAAAAUAAUACCUUAAUAAUAAUAAGUAAGAGAAGAAAUAGAAUCAGAUACUAAUAUUGAAUAAUUGAAACAAAAAAUAUAAAAUUAUUUUUAUUAACCAGCCAAUCUUUAAACAUAAUUGAAAAAGAAUGAAUAAACUUAAAGUUAGUCUUAAAGAAAUUAACAUAGAGUUCAUUUAAAAUAAAGAGAAAAUAAGGAUGAAAAAGAUAAUUAUUUAAAGAAAUUAAAAUAAAUGAGAAAUAAAUUAUUAGCUUAAACAUCAUAUAAUAAUUCUUAGAUUGAUACACAAAGACCAUAAAUUUUAAAUUAAGAUUCUCAACACAAUUUAUUUUAAUAAUAAUACUAAUCAUUAAAUAUUCAUUCCUAUAAAAAUUCAAGAACUGUUACACCUAGUAGAUCUUAUGCUAUUAAAACUCCAAAUUAAAAUUAUUCAGAAAAAAAAGAUGAAUUUCAUAAUGUUCAAAUCAUUAAAUCUCAAUCAUAAAGUUCAUUUUAAUUACAUAGAUAAGAUAAUUAUCCUGUUAAAAAAAUUAUUAUGGAAGCUCGAAGUUAAAAAAAGUCAUCUUUAGGUUGUUUAAUAACCUAAUUAUGA